ACCCCCUAUAUAAGAUCGAUCUCACUCCAGUUUAUGUAUUGUCGCACUUAGAAUACAGAAGCCCUAGGGAGAGAGAGAGGGCCGUCGAGGCGAAGUCUCUGAGCACGUUUCAUCGGAUUCGAGAGGCUUUGCCAUCAAGAUGACAUUCAAGCGAAGGAACGGUGGCCGCAACAAGCAUGGCCGUGGCCAUGUUAACUUCAUCCGCUGCUCAAAUUGCGGCAAAUGCUGCCCCAAGGACAAGGCCAUCAAGAGGUUUCUUGUGAGGAACAUAGUUGAGCAGGCUGCUGUUAGGGAUGUCCAAGAAGCUUGUGCUUUUGAAAGUUACACACUCCCCAAGCUGUAUGUGAAGAUGCAGCACUGUGUAUCUUGUGCCAUUCACUCUAAAGUUGUCAGAGUUCGCUCUCGCACUGAUAGGAGGAACCGUGAGCCUCCACAACGCUUCAGACGCAGGGAUGAUCUGUCCAAGCCAGGUCAAGGACGCCCUGCUGGAGCCGCAAUCCCUCCUCGUACUUGAAAAAUGCUGUUCUCAUUUUGCUCUAGUACAACUAGGUUUUGGAUUUGUUUGCUGCGGAGUUCAUCAUAUCUUUUCUAGGUUGAAUGCUGUGACUUCAAGCAUUAAUUUUGUUAUAGUUUUAUCUGGGUUAGUACCGUACAAUUGUACUGAAUUUGAUGAGAUCUAAGGGUUAUGCAUUUCCAUCGGA